UCCUGCUCGACAGACCGAGGGAAAGCAAUCGGCGUUGCGCCUGCCUAGGCCUCUGCUUCAAGCGCUUCACGUACGCGCCGUGCGUACAUUACACUGCCUUACGCACUGCCAGAGUGUAUGAGCACAAUUUCACUUCACAGCCGAAGCGCCGAACGUCCUAAUGUCAAAUGCAAGUAGAGUGGGGACCACGCACAGUGGCCGGAAAGGUGGCUGGCCAAAAGCGCGUCGCGACACCUAUGAACUGUAUGACUAAGCUGGAACGGUGUGUUGCCUUGAGCGAGGGUGCAUAACGCCGUGAUCCUGUGCUAGUAGUGUGUUGCAAUUUGGCGUUGCACAAAUUUAUCACUACGGGAGUGUGCUACGAUGCCGUCGUUGGCUCUGUAUGAAGCGUGGCUCCAGUAGACGGGGCAUACCGAUGCAUUUGCUAGAUCGGUAUCGGCAAGCGUUCUGUGAGCCCGUGAAUGUGGGGUUUUCGGUUUCGGAGAGUCAGCCAGCCGACAUUUGCGUUAGGCCUAGUUGGCUGCUAUGCAGACUGACAGAAGCAAGAAGUUAUUGCUUCGCCGAGGGAGCCGCCGGACGCGAAUCGUAAUGGAAAAAGCUGACAGGCAGCAGUGCAAACAUGGCCCUAGCCUGUGGGCAGCUGCCAGCUGAGGGCCCGGAAACGCCAGUGUUUUCAUGGUGGUGCAGUGCGGCAUGGAGGAAGUGCGCGUGUGCCCCGUGGCGCCCCCUCCCCCUUUGGGGGCUGCCCCCCAGGAUGACGGGGACGACCCAGAGGUCAUGCAGGUGACCGGUGAAGGGCUGGCAGUGCACCUGCGACCCAAGAAGCAGCGGGUGAAUGGAGCCAGCCAGCCAGGGGUCACAUGGGGGGACAACACGGAGGAGCGCGAGCGGCCCAUGUCCUGGGAGGGUGAGCUCUCGGACGAUGAUGAGGACGACAACAAUGGUGCCCAGGCUGUACAACAGCCACCAGCUGCAGCAGCAUCAGGGGUGGUGGUUGUGCGACCAGGAAACAGCCCAAUGCUGGUGGAGAGGGAGGAUGGGACCACCUCGCCAAUCAGUCUGACUGUGUCCUCGGGCCCAGACUCGAAGGGCAAUGGCACAAGUGACAAGUGCAUUUCUCGUGUGAACCUGCCAGACAAGAGCUCUUCCAACCAUGUGAUCACAUACGUGGCACCUGUCUCGCCUGCACCGUCCACACCUUAUGGCAGUGUCACACCAACAGUUGUCCCUGCUUUCCCUGAGCGGCAGCAACACACCCACAACAGCUCCUUUGGGGAAGGACGACUGGGCGGUGGUGGUGCUUUCCAGCCACCACCCUUUGGGGAGAGCCCACGCCCUACCAGCUCAUCGAGCUCACGGUCAUCGUACUCACCUAGCCAGAGCCCACUACUUGGGGGUAGCAGAGGAGGGCCCCUGGGACUGCCUCCACGUCACGGGGCUGCCUCCUCUGAUGGCUCCCUCUAUUCACCCACAAGCAGCCCUCUGCAGGGCCGCCAUGUGUCUUUGGUAGAAGCAGUCUACUCUCCCUCUCAGAGUCCAAGCCAAAGCCGGCAUCGAUUGGCUGAUGGCCUCUCCCCCACAGCAGCUCACUUGCGCAAUCUUUCAGUAUCCCGUACAAGCACUAGUGCGGUGCCAUACACACCAGCAAGCUCAGAGCCUCCUUAUCCUUACCUUGUGGUUCAACCUACACCUGACACUCGAUCAACAGCUUCCAGUGCCUCAGUGGCAUCAAGUGCAUCAGAUGAGUCGAAUGCAUCCGACCUGUCCAGCCCAACUCGACGCCCCUCAGCUGAAGGUGCUGGAGGUGACCCGCUGGGAGCCCUAGGGGAGGCCCCUGGUGGUGUUUCACGACAGCAGCUGCUCAGUGGGCCAUGCCCUAUUUGUGGGGAUCGGAUCUCAGGCUUCCACUAUGGUAUCUUUUCCUGUGAGAGCUGCAAGGGCUUCUUCAAACGCACAGUGCAGAACAAAAAGCACUAUGUCUGCCUCCGAGGAGCUGCCUGCCCAGUUGCUGUGGCCACACGGAAGAAGUGUCCUGCCUGCCGUUUCGACAAAUGUCUUAGGACAGGCAUGAAACUUGAAGCCAUUCGUGAGGACAGAACUCGGGGUGGCCGAAGCACGUACCAGUGCUCAUACUCUCUGCCAUCACAGCUUGUUGGCGGAGAUUCUCGUCUUACCUCAGAAUCUGGUGACUUGCCCGUGGAGCCCAUACCACUGUUGCAAAAAGAAUCCCGCAGUUUGUCAUCAGGGUCUCCACUGGAAGGUUCCCCGCAGCCUUUUGUGGGUCAGCAGCAGCCACCUGUGGUGCCAUCUCUUGUGCAGGAGAUUGUCUCUGUUGAGCACCUCUGGCACUAUACUGACCGAGAGAUAAGUCGGUUGUCUGAGCAGUUUGGCAACAAGGUGUCUGCUACUGGAGCCACGGCACUGGAUACGGGAGGCCCUGAUUCCCCUAGUACCCUGGGAGCUGAUGGGGGCCCAAGCUUGUUGAGCAGCCUUUGCAACAUUGCUGACCAUCGUCUCUACAAGAUUGUCAAAUGGUGCAAGAGCCUGCCUCUAUUCAGGGAAAUCCAGGUGGAUGACCAAAUAGCUUUGCUGAUCAACUCCUGGUGUGAGCUGCUUCUUCUGAGUUGCUGCUACCGGUCAACUGGCACACCUAAUGAGAUCAGAGUGUCCAUGGGCAAGUCGGUGACCCUAGGCCAGGCGCGGCACCUAGGCAUGGGUCCUGUCAUUGAGCGCAUGCUGGGCCUGACAGACCUCCUGCGGCGCCUCCAGGUUGACCAGCGCGAGUUUGUCUGCCUCAAGGUCAUCAUCCUGCUAACCUCAGAUGCCAGUGGCUUGAAAGAGCCUGAAAAGGUUCGCGCCUGCAAGAAACAAGUGCUGGAGGCCCUGCAGGCAUACACCAUAUCUCACUACCCAUCACAGCCAUCCAAGUUUGGUGAGCUGCUACUCUGUGUGCCCGAGCUCGAGCGCGCCUGCCAGGUGAGCAAAGAGUCUCUGGCAGCAUCGCGGCGCAUUGCGUCCUCUGGGGGUGCGUCAUCUUCGUCUGCACCUAUGGCUGACCCGCAGGCCCCUAGCUUCAACCUUCUCUUUGAACUCUUGCGGGGCGACCACUGAGUGCCACAGCCCACUGGGUGCUCUUCUUUGUGCACCUGUACAUAGUGCCCGUUGGUGGAUGUGCAGAGACCACGGAAAGUUAGAGCAUGGGACAGGCGGACAGUGUUUUUUUACUCCCCCCAUGUGAUGUGUUGUGCUCUUGUUCUGUGAAAAUAGGACAUUUCCAUGGCAGAUGAGGUGACAUCUGCCUUCUAGAUUUCUUUCAUCAUUUGAUUGUACUGCUGCAAAAGUGGUGUGCCGUGUCCCCCCCCUUGUUGCAUUUUACUUUUUCUUGCCCGUUUUCACAGACACUGUCCUGCUAUUCUUAGUGCUGGUCGUCUUUCUUAGUCUUUCCCCACUGCUGUGCCCUUCUUUGCUAGCCAUUAGCUGCAAAUGAAAGUGAAACCUGGGGAAGAGAGAGUGAGGCGUUUUUAAUCUUCCUCUGCGAAGGCUUAUCCACUCGGUUUAAUCAUCACUGUUCUCCUUUGUCCUGCCAUCACUAUUGUGUUUUUGCUUAUUCUCUGUCACUUCAAAAGGAAGAGAUUCUAGGCAGAGACUACUACACGUUGCAUCAUUACUGUGCUAGAGAGCCCAUAUAUAUAUUUUUUUCGUAGCUUAUUCUUACUUAAUUACUUUUUCAGCAGACUGUUGCAGCUUUUAUUUUUUAAUUGAAAAGAGCAACCAUUUAUUUCAUGCUUUGGCUCACGAUUGAUGGAUCUUGGGUUUUAUCAUUUGAAGUGAAGGUAAACUUCAAAGGUGCGUAGCCGGUGGCCACAGUGGACUCGCUUCAAUUUACAAAUUGUAUUGUUGUGCCUUGUUUACUUUAAUGCAGUGUCCAAGAUUUAUCGCUAAAUGGCAAUGGCAGCUUUCCUUCCUUUCUUUCUCCCCCCCCCCCCCCUUCCGUUUCUUUUUUAAAUCAAAUCGAUUGUGCCAGUGAUAGUCAGCAUCCAUUCUGUUAUCGUUAUAAUGCAACAGUUGUUGUUUUCUCAGGACUACUUUAACACUCGUACAGAUAUUCUUUUUUUAGUUAUUCAAAAGGCAAGAGGAUGAGGACGUCGUUCCCUAUUGUCAUUUCAUUUAAAGGUCCCAGUUUACUGGAAGGUUCUCUAGCAUUUCUUAGUUAACUGGCUGUGUUAAUACAACAGAUUUGUAUUUUGAGCAGGCAUGAACAAGUGCUAGCCAUGAUGUCUUAUAAAGACAGAUUAAAUAUGUAUAUGCAAGGCAGUCCACCAAUAACUCAGCUUUACACUGGGACCUCUCCUUCUGCAUGGAGAUUAAAAGUUGUAUUAGGUUGAAUGGAUUCUAUUCUUACGGAGGCAUUUACUUAGUGCAUUGAUAUGUUCAUAUGGUAGGAAAAAACUAUAUAUGUAUUCAUGGUACUUUUUUUUCCCCCUUUAAUCUUUGGGAGUGCACAUCUCAUUGGAAAUAGCUGAACCCUCUUUGACACAUCCUAGUAUAACUCUAGUUUACUGGCACUCAACAAAAGAAACUUCUUAUUUGUUUUAUUUCUGCUUACAAUUUUAUUAAGUUAUAUCAAACUGUUUUUGAAUGUGCUGUCUUUUGCCAUUGUCAAAAGAGUGCUGCAGCAUUAUUGCUUCUUCACUGAUUUAGUUCUCAUGACGCAAAGUGCAUGGUGAACCAGGCUUUCAUAUUUUUGCCAUUGCUUGCCAUAUAAAGAAUAGUCGACUCAGACAGUGUUGCAUUGUAUGCACAUAAAAGUGAGAAAGGCACUUAUGCAAGAGCUUUCUGCUUGUGGGUGUUUCUACAUGCUUGCAUUUUUUUUUUUUUUUUUCGUUAUAGAAAAUGCUCAUGUAUAGGAUGCCGUACAUCAUCAGCUUGUGCCAAAACAAACCCUUAAUUCUUAUCCUUGCUUCUCUUUUAAGGUUGCACUAUGAUUACUCAUUUCCAGCAAAACUUCAUCCUCUCUUGUCUAUAUUUCUUCAAUAAUUGCUCAUGGCUCUUCCUGCUCUGUUCUGAACUUUGCAUGCUGCCGUGACUACAUUUCGCUUGACUCUUGAGGCUUGCCACUCUUGUAUGAAGGCAUGUGCACAAGUUUGAGCAUCGCUUACACGACCCAUUGGCUAAGCAAUAUUUGCAGUAGGCAAGGAAUGCUCCUGCACAUUUGAAUUGAAUUCAAAUGUAUCUGCAGGAUUCGCUUCUGCUGCUUUACUCAUUCUUUUUACCACUUUCCUUCUUUCUUGUUUGCAUUGCACAAGAAGCAAGGAGGCUUUUAUGUGAAUUUAUACCCAUGAUUUCGAAGGUAGCAAAAAGUGGGAGUUCUAGGCACAGCUGUUUCGGUCAGCUCUUUCGUCCACUUUCCCCAUGCUCGAAACGGUCUUUUAGGGCAAGAUUUACAGCUUGUCGAACUUUCAGUUGCGUCAUCGCUUUAAAACUGCUUCUGUUGUUUAAUAGUACUCUUGCCUUUACUGUCAUGUUUGUGCCUCAGUGUCCAUUGGUCGUGUAUGUGCUGCAUUUUCUGACUCUUUCGGCCUGAAACUUUGCUCCUUCAGUGUCCUCUGUGCCUGUAAAAGCGGUCUCGCACAGCCGCAAGCCAAAACUCCUGCUGUAUUUAUUGUACAUAGAAAUGUCCGUAGAGAGGAGUCAGAAGUUAGUCAAGUGCUGCUGCUUGACUCUUAGUGUUUAAAAGUUCAGGUUUUUUUUUUUUUUUUUUUUUUUUUUUUUUAGUUUUGACUGCAUUUUUAUAAGCCUCGUGUUUAGCUGUACAGCAAAGGUGAGGAGGAAUGUAAAUUGUUUUUCUUUUCGAGAACAACACUCAAUCUAUGCAGACACUAAAAGACAAUUUCAUUAUUUGGCAUCAUCGAUCAUCCAUGUUUUUAAGAGCUAUUGUCUCUCACUCCCGUUUUCUUAUUCCUUUCUUAUGGUCCCAGUUCACAGGAAUCAUCUAAACACUCAUUACUGCAUAAUGUGCUGUCCUUGUGUUGUUGUCAGGGACCAAAGUGACUGUGAACCAGUUGUUUUGCAAUUUCUAAUGGUACUUCUCAAUGCCACAAGAAGCAACGUCCUUGUCUAUGCGGGUUCAGAGUGUUUGUAGCUUUAUCUUGAAGAAAAUGUGCCUCUGUCUUUUUUCUUGCCGAGUCUAGAGAAAACAGCACAUUUACAGCAGUUCCAGACACUCACUCCAUUUUCUGCUGAGGAAGAAAGUAUCAUUCGAAGAUUGUCUUCAACAAGAAUAUUUUGUGCAGGUUUUGAAUAGUCAAAUUUGGCACUUGAACUUGUUCUUUCUUGGCUGUUGUGAGACAUUCUUGAUGAUGGAUGGUGUGGUUUUUCACGCAAGUGCUUCUCCAGAGUGUAGUCUCAUAAUGUUGCCCUCCAAAGAAGCAUCUCUGUGAAGACCAUUGCUGUUUGAUCAUAGCUUUUUACAUUAUUUUAGACAUUGCUUUGGCAACUUUGAGUACCAGGAAGGCACACACUGAACAGAAUUUGCAGGAAUGCAUGUAAUAGUUAAGUUCAAAUGCAGUAUAAUCGCACUGGCCACAAAAGAGCUGAGCUAUCAUGAUGCAGAGCAUAGAGAAGUCAUAGUAAGACCUUAUACAUUGUUCCACCUUUGGUGCCUCUAGAGCAAGAGUGUUACCAAUUUUACAUUCCCAUGAUGUGUAGUUUCAUUUAAAAUGGAAUUGUGCAGCUUUUAUACAGGAAAUAUGGUUUUAGCCUUGUGCGAGAUGACAUACGCAGAACUCCCAAUAUUAUUAGAACACAGCCACUGCAUUGAUAUAUUUAUGUGGUAGGUAACCCCCUUUAUUUCUGUGCUUAAGGAGAAGGGCACAACAUUUAAACUGUGAAAAAAGAAAAGAGAGGAAAGUAUGCAUUAUUCACAGUGCCUCGCAGCCAAAACUUUGUAAAUGAUUCUGCUAUGAGUCACAUUUGUCAGACUUUAGCUUGCAGUGCAGUCACUCUUGUAAUUUGAAAUGUUACGUGUUUACAAGGAAGACUAUUUUGUGUGUGUGUGUGCUUGUACUUUAGUGCUUUGUUAAAACAAAACCUUACCGGUGAACUGUGCCAGUGGUGAUAUAGCUUCCAAGAAGUCCUCUUGAGUGAGUUGCUGACUGUGGAUUGCCUCAUGUGCUGCCAGACUAAAUGCCGUCUUGGGGCGUAAUUAUUGUUUGUGCAUGUUUGCUUGAACGCCAUCUUGUGUUUCCAUCACCAUGUUUUCUACAAGGGCAGCUCGGCUUGUGAUCUUUUCAAUUGCGAAUAUGUGUUACAUGUCAGUCUCACUGGUACUAUACUGCCUUGAUGACCUUGGUUGUGGAGUAGCUUGAUCAAACAUUUUGCUUACAGUGUCUGUCAGCUGUUCUGUGUGUAUGUCCUAAAGUGGGAUUGAUUUUAAAAAAAAAAGAAAAAGCAGCCAGGAGCAAUACUGCCUAUUGGUUGAGCUGUCUCCUGUGUUUUGCUGUUUCUUAGGAUGCAGCUUUUAUAGAAGUCGCAGUGUAAAUUUGUGUUAUUAAGGCAGUUUGCAAAAAUUGUUUUUUACAAACAACAGAAUGUGUUAACUGCAAGCUGAGAACUAAAAGGUAACUAUUUCACCUGUUUGCUGAUCUGGGGCCUUGAUUCACCGGCACCUGCCAACCAAAUGUCAAGUGUGGUGCUCACGAAGUUAUGCGUUGCACCUUUGCCACCUUGCCUUGACAGUUUUGCACAGAGGCGUGAGGUCACUGCUGUUGUUGUGCAAAAUGAAAUGCGCUGUUCCCUUGUAAUUGCUUAACUAUACAAAUUGCCUCUUAUCUAAGUAAAACCUCAUUAACACGUACCCGCUUAAAACAUACUGUUGAGGCUUGCGACCUUCUGUACCCACUCUCCUCCAUAGAGCCUAAUGUAUAGGCUGACCACUUAAGCCAUAGUAGCUUGUCGUAUGCCUACCAGUUAGUGCAUACCAAGAUCACUUUUUGUCAUGUAGAGGCUAAUUUCACUGCUUAGAUUCCCAGUAUGGCUGACGCCAUGUUAUGCCACAGAGUAUCUUCCUCUUUUUGAAAAGUGCAGAGACCAGUCUUCCAAUGGUUCCGGCUUCAAAAAAGUGAUGCAUAUACAGAUAAGCAUUGGAAAUGCAUGGAGGCAUGGUGGCAGCCUGAGCAAAGAGCAUAACCACCGACGAGCGUGCCUUUAUGAUCUAUCGCGAUAAGAAUCUUCACUUAUCUGCUUGGCAGCGCAUGUGGCAUAGUGCAUAGUGCCAUUGGAAGUGUACUGCAUGUUUUUAAUAGACAAUAACACAGACGCGCCGCUGUUCUCUGCCUUGUUGGCACGACAAACCACAUGCCAAGCUCUUGCACUGUGUGCUCAGCCAGGAACGACGCGGGCAGGAAUACAAUUCACUGCACAGAUGCUCACAUGAAACGCAGCUGUAGUGUUCUGGCAAACACAUGUGUGCAAAACUCGUCCCGGCAGGACGGCUUGCGCUUGGUAGGCAGUGCGCUGCACACAAAUUGCACAGGAUAAUUGGCACCAUGAGGCAGCGGGUACCAUGCUUGGAAGAAGCGGCAUCAGUUCACACUCGGUAGAAUGUUGUACAAACGCGCACGCGCACAUCGAGGAAAGCUCGACGAGCCAAUACACCGUCCACUCUGCCGCUUUGCUUCCUACUGUAGUUUCAAUGCUGCUUCAUAUCACCUUUCUUCUAUCAUGCCAUUGUGCAAAAGAGCCAGAAUUGCUUUUGACCACUUAGGAAAAAGAAAGUAAAGAUAGAUAGAUAGACAGAAACCUUAUAGUUGGUAUUUUCGCAUAUACUGUGGUGUCGCAUUUCUUUUUUUGUUGGUGGCAGCACAUGUAAAGAGAGACAAAUUUACACUUGCUGUUUAGUGCAUACUACCAUUUUCUGCAUAAUUGCUCCAUGUUCUCGCUAGGUAUGUAUUAAGGAGGUUCCACUGAUAGGACACAAAUCUGGGCAUUCAAAUGAUAAAAUAAAGUCACUGCACUACUAGCCCUUAUUAAAAAUAUUUAGGGCAAUUAUACUGACACCUUAUAUAAUUAAUUCUGCUGUUAUUAGUAGUGGUAGUAGUAAUUAAUGCUUACUACUACACACUUCAUAAUCUUAAGAUGAAGUAUUGGAAGGCCUGAUGAGGCUGUGCUCUUAUUGGAUUAAGAGCUUUCUGUAUUAUUAGAUGUGUUUACUAAUUUGACUUGCGUAAGAAUACAGGCAGCCAUGUCUGCUCUGCAGUUUGACUUUUGGCUCUGUGCAAAGUUACUGGAGAAGGCUUGGUGCAGGUGCAAGACAAUGCCUUAUUUGCCACAACGUGGAGCUGUGAAGAAACCAUACUGGCCUAAGUAACAGCAUUACAAUUGUGGUAGUCGAACUUGUUUGGUCCCGUUGCAAUCGAGCAUAGGUAGGUGGAACACAACUGCAGAAGAGUGCAACUUUUUUUUUUUUUUCUUUUUUUAAUGUGUGUGCAUGAAAUGAGACCAGUGACAAAAUAGCAAUGACCCGGUGGAAUUUUUGCUGUUUCUGAAUAUUUUUAUUACUCUUACUGCUUGUAAGCCUUUCAAGUGUGCAUCAUAUAUAGUCUUGAAAGCCCCGAUUUGCAAAGAGACUUGUUACUGUGAAAUGCAAGGCCUGCAAAUUGUGAAUUGGUCUGAAGAGCCAAUUAUUCUUUUGUUUUUAGGCAUCUUUUGCUAAAAUUGUUUUUGUUGAUUUUUUGUUUGUUUAGAUUUCUUUUUUAAUAAGUGGAGCUGCUACCUUCAAUGUCAUGACCCUUUGCUUUCAUGAUAACAAAUCAUGAAAGCAAAUAACAAAUGUUAUUGGAUUUUAUGUAAAGGCAUUGGUUCUAAGGCACUGGCUGAACACAGAAACAUUUAAUAGAUUGAGCAGUCAUCACAUUCAUAUUAGAGCAGAUCACAUUCAUAUUAGAGCAGAUGCCACAGUGACAUGCUACAGUACGGUGCUAGGGAAUUGUGUGAAAUGUGGUGCCACGUAUGUGUUAUUAUUCCUCUCCCUCCCCAGUCUUUUUCAUUGUUUAUCUAUGUAAGUGCUGCGUGUUCAUUCCGAAGAUGUUUAAUGAAGUGCGCGGUUGACCCAUUUAUUGUGAUAUGCCUUUAGGUUAUAUUAUUUCUUUGUUCAGUGGGGUGUAAUUGCUGGCUGUUUACUUUUCUAACUUAUUGCCUCUCUAUAUGUCUGAUGUUAAAUUUGUGCAGAGUCUUUUUCUGGCCCAGUGUGCAUCUAGAAAGAAACGAACACAAUCCCAUUGUUGUCACUUGGAACUGUGAAUCUCAGUGGCUGUUUCUUUUUUUUAAUAAGUCUUAUUAUUGUCACGUCCUUUGCGUAAGAAGCACAUGUGCUGACACUUUUGAAGUAGCAAGUGUAAGCUGUUUGGAUAGUGCAAGAAAAAUGCACUAGCAUUGAUGGGCUCUAAUGAGGAUAUGCAGAAAGUAGCACCAUUGUUUCUAACUUUCUACUAUGGCAGUAGUUUUUAAAGAAUGCCCAUUUCUGCCUACACAGCUAUUCUCUCCCCCUCCCCUCCAGAACUUCAAUAGACGUGCAAGCUUGCAUUUUGUGCAUGUGUAGAAAGCAGCUCUUGUUUUGUGAGCACAGUUUCGAGAUUCUAAUAGGAAUAAUGCGAUGGCCUCCAGUGCUGGUGCACAAAUUAUUUUUAGAUACCGGUGAAUUAGUAUUGAGCUAUGCACUUUUAUACCCAAUGUAGCCUUGUCUUUUUUGGGACAUUUUGCAGGUGCAUUUGCUGAGUUUUGCUUGGCACAGUAUUUCUGAUAAAAAGAAAAGAUUUUGGAAAUUGGUGCAUUGCCAAAUGGAGCAUUUCCAAUAUAUUUUUGUGUGCACCUUCAGCAUGCUCUUGCUGAAAUGAUGCGUACACACAGUGCAUUUCAUUUUGAUGAGGCACCUUUUUGCAUAUCCUCUGUCCUUCAUCUCCCUUUUCUUUUUUGCCUAGUUUGCAAAUCUUUGUGUGUGGUUGUGGUGCACUAUGCAGCUUAUUCCCCCAUUCUUCCUUCUGUGCACAAGUGCAUGCAAAUGAGGAGUGCGUAUCAGAAAUCAAAAAUCCUCUCGCACACUCUGUAUCCCGUCCUGCCAUUCUUGACCAGCCCUGUUGUUUUCUUCAUAUCAUUGAAACAUCCCUUCGUCUUUUUAAUCUGUAUAUAUGAAUGACAUACCGCUGAGCCUGUGUUUUUAUAACAAUGGUAACAGCGUGGGGAGAGAGAGAGAGAGUGAAAAAAAAAUGAAGCAAAAGAAUUUAGAAACUGUGUGCCUUUGGCACACUUAUUUUCUGGACUUUUUUAUAGUUUGUAUACUGUGGGGCCUAACCCAAUUUAAUAAAGAUUUGCUUUGCA